AUGGCUAGUUAUCAACACCCAGCGUCAAGAGAGACGACCUACUUUUGCGGCACUUGUGGUUGCCAGAUUGCAGGAGUUGGUAGCCAAUGGACAGUCUCUACCGCAAUCUUCGAUGCCAAUAGAGAUGAUGAAGGAAUUUGGAAGUUCAAUGCCCAUAUGCUUCCGAAAUCAGCGCCGGACAGAGGACUAGCAGCUGUCUUUUCAGUCAUUGACGGACAUCAAUUACAGACCGAAAAUCUAGGUCUCUCUCCGCAGGCUAUAGCUGGCAGCGAUUCUCAACCACCUGAUCCCGAAAGCAAAGAGCUCCUCGCGCAGUGUCAUUGUGGUGGAGUCUCUUUCAACAUCGCCCGACCCAGCGAGGAGUUCAUCGCAAGCCCUGCAAGCAAAGGAUGGAUUUCACCCUUGGACAAGAGAAAGUGGCUUGCAACUAUGGAUCUCUGCGACGACUGUCGAUUAGUUAAUGGCACGCACGUCAUAAGUUGGAUGUUUGUAUCACUUGAUCAUAUUACACCACGUCUGCCGAAGGACUUGAUGAUCGGGUCAGCGAAGGGCUAUCGCUCUACGAAAGAUGUACUCCGGGUAUUCUGCGGCACAUGCGGUGCAACUGUUUUUUAUCAUUGCAAUGAGCGACCGGAGAUUGUAGAUGUGGCAAUGGGCAUCCUGCGCGCGCCUGAAGGCGCUAUGGCUGAGAACUGGUGCGUAUGGAGAGCUGGACGACCAUCGUGGCCGGAGGAUGGAUUGCGGUAUCAUACUGGGUUUAGUCGUGCACUGACCGAAGGGAUGCAGCGAUGGGGGGCUGAACGGGGGCAUCCACAGGAUUUUGAACUGGCAUAG